UGAUGGGUUUUUCCAGGAGUCCCACUGAAGAAUUUGAUGAUCCUCAUGUGUUUGGGUCUGGAAAUGAAGCAGUCAUGAGGACAUAAACCACUGAGCACAGAGAAGUAUCAAAAGGAUAUUAAAAAGGUUUCUUGGAUUCUUGAUCGUAUGUUUCAUCAUUCAUAAUGAAGCUUUCAUUAUUAAGCGUAACUGUCCCGCUCUUAUCCUACAAAUGUUUUGGUGAGCAUAUCUUUACAUAUUUCGCCGUCAUCAUCUGGCUUCUGCUCUUGGCUCACAUGCUAAGUCACACACAAAAUGGCUUGUCGGAUGGAUUUGGCCGUGGGGUGCUGGUGACGGGCUGUGACAGUGGAUUUGGACAUCAUCUCGCUAAGAAACUGGACAGAAUGGGUUUCACGGUGUUUGCUGGAUGUUUAAACACCGACAGUCCUGGGGCUGAGAGUCUGACUGAAGAAGGGUCUGAUCGUAUGAAGAUAAUACAACUGGAUGUCACCAAAGAUGAACAUGUAAAGUUGGCCAAGGACUUUGUGAAGGCAAAUUUGCCAGAGAAUGGUCUUUAUGCUGUGGUGAAUAACGCAGGAGUGAGCGACUGGGGUGAAAUCGAGUGGAGUACAGCUGAGGACUUUCAGAAGAUGGCUGAUGUUAAUUUAUUUGGUGCCAUCAGAGUCACCAUUGCGUUCUUGUCUCUUGUCAGGGCAUCUAAAGGUCGUUUGUUGUACGUCUCAAGUAUCUUUUCCUUCUUCAACUGUCUGAAUAUGGGAGCGUACAGCGUGUCCAAGCGAGGACUAGAGGCAUUCGCAGACUGUUUAAGAGUAGAGAUGGCCAGUUUUGGGGUUAAGGUCAGUAUUAUUCAACCUGGAAAUUUUGGUGCCGCCACAAACAUUCAAAGGAAGAAAACCUCACAGGACAUAUGGGAUGAGUUUGACGCUGCACGUAAACUUAAAUUCAGCCAGAAAUACAUUGAGAUGGCGUGUGAAUAUUUCCAGUCGGUCUGCUCAUUAGGAUUUAAGGAUUGCACAAUGGUAAUCGAUGCCAUGUUACACGCACUAACCGCUGCCAAACCUCGAGCUCGAUACCUGCUGGUUUCCUGGCUGGAUUUGUGUUUUUUCUACAUCUUUCCUUUUCUGCCAACAUACAUCACCGAUGCUGUGUUUAGUCUGAGCUCCAUGUAUCAACAUCGUGAAGUUAUGUUGUACUCUUAAAUAACAUAUAAAGACCUUGACAAUAACAUAAACAAAUAAUAUUACAUUACCAGAUAUGAAUAAAAACAGAGGUUACUUGUUUGCUUUCUAAGCA